AAAGAAGUCGCUAAUUUAUGCGAUACGGCGUCUUCAUUUUGAGUUUCAAUUGCUUAACUUUUUAAAGACAGUUGCGAAACAUUACGCUGUGCCCUUGUAGAACGGAUAGAGAUAGUUCGUUUGAGGGCUAUAGUUCUAAUAAAUAAUAGGUAUUUAGAAAUUAUAUCCAAAAUGGGCGAUCAACAGUUUUUCCUGAAAUGGAAUGAUUUUCAAACGAAUAUGGUGACUUCGUUCAGGCAUUUAAGGGACGAGAAAAGCUUCACCGACGUGACCCUAGCUUGUGAAGGCCAAACAUGCAAAGCACACAAAAUGGUGCUCUCAGCGUGUAGUCCAUACUUUAAAAGCUUACUAGAGGAGAACCCAUCGAAGCACCCCAUAAUAAUCCUGAAGGACGUGUCGUAUCUGCACCUGCAAGCGAUCCUGGAGUUCAUGUACGCGGGGGAGGUGAACGUGUCUCAAGAACAGCUGCCAGCCUUCCUGAAGACGGCCGCCCGCCUCAAGGUGAAAGGUCUAGCCGAGCCGCCCCCACAGAUGCCCAGCAUCAAGCGAGAGGGCUAACGGCAGCCUCCGGACCUCUCCCCGCCUGCAGACCCUGGGACCCCGGCAGUUUUGUACCCCUGACGUUUUGACCCUGUCAAACAAUAGUAUUGAGGACUGUAAGCUAGAUACUA